UCUCCCCUUCUGCCCAGCUGCGGUCCUUGGCUGACUGGUUCUGGCAAGGGACCGGUAGAGGCCAAGGCCCGAGAAGGGCGGGGCCAGAACUGCGCACCCCAGAACCGUGCCCGCAGUCCCCCACAAGAGCUCCCGUGGUAGGGAAACAGGGGGGAGGGUCGUUAGGGUUCUAGGCUCCCCUCUCCCAGCCUCAGUUUCCCUCCUUGACAAAACCAAAUCAUAAAUACUUCCUCACAUCUCCUUCACAGCCCAAACUUCUUCUAAUUCAUAGUAAUUCUCCUGCUUCAGCUUUCCCAGUGCCAGCAAGAUACGUGGGCACUACCCUUACAGCAAGAGGGGCAUUGGCUUGUUUAAAAAUAAUGGGAGGUCCUGGCACUUGGGAGAGAGACUUCAGGGUCCCUGGCUGGACACACGGCCCCUGGCCAUGAAAUAAGAGCCUCGACCUUCUCCGUGCUGUACGCGGUGUUCCCACCAAGGCCCGUGGGCGGCGCGAAGUCACUAUAAGGGGCGUCCACGCGAGCCGCCUCCAGCCAUCAUGUGCACACUGCCGCUGCUGCUGCUGCUGCUGCUGCUGCCGUUCCCGGCUCUGGAGCUCGCACUGCGAGCCCCACAGCCCCACGAGGUGCGCGCCAAACUCUGCGGCCACAACCUGGUGCGAGCACUGGUGCGGGUGUGUGGGAGCCCGCGCUGGUCCCCCGAAGUUACUCAGCCAGUAGACGCCCGCGACCGGGAGUUGCUACGGUGGCUGGAGCAGCGGCAGCUCCUGCAUGUGCUUGAGGCUGACGCGCAGGACCCCAGGCUCGACCCCGGCCCGCAGCUUCCUCCCCAGGCUCCUCAGCGCCACCGCCGCAGUGCGGCCACGAACCCUGCGCACCGCUGCUGUCUCACUGGCUGCACACAGCAAGACCUGGGGCACCUCUGUCCCACCUGAGGGGGUCCUGGACUCAGGCGAUGGGUCCUUGAUUGCCCCCCCCCCUCCGUCAGGAUGCUCCAUACCUCCAGGGCCCGAGUGAAUGCAAGAGCCCGGGUUUGCCUCGGAGGAGUACCAGUUAGUAUUAGAUCCCGAAAAAGGAGGGUCACACGUCCUGCCCCAGGAGGAGCCUCCAACACGCCCUGUGUCGUCCCCCACUACCCCUUGUGUCCCCGAUAAUCUAAAUAAAAAAGCAACUUCA